AUGUCUACCGAUGACCAACGUUCUAAAUAUGUUAGUAACGUUAGCACAGAGUCUGCUGUUCAACUUUCAGAUUUUGUUGAAUCGAUAGAUGUUGAUAAAGGACAAUAUCAUUCAUCUCAGGAUGUCAUAAACCAAAUUGAGUACUUCCUGGACAAGCCAUUUAAUAUCACCUCUCUUGUGCAGAUACAAUCUUAUUGUGCUACUACAAAUGAUCAUAGUGCAUUAACAUCAUUGAACGAAAAUCUGAAAACAUUAAUACAAUUCGCCAAUGUAACUCCUCAAUUGAGCACUUCCGUUAGGCCAUUGAUUGUGGAACUGAUCUCUUCUCACAAUAUGAAAGUCUUUUACAGAUGUUUUAAUAACGAGCAACCUUCAAUUACAAUCCCAGCUGUGAACUUGUUGACUGCGAUAGUGUCUUUCGACAAUGGAAGCUUUGUCGAUCAGGUAUUAGAAAAUUUUGAUCUAUCAUUAAGAUCUCUGGCGGAUUUGCUCUACCCUACGAAACUAUCAGUAAGAUUGAGCUCACAGGGAAAGUCUCACACUACAGUGAGACAUUACAUGUCGCUAUUUUGGAUCGCACUUUGCACAAAUGCCUCUCCACUCACUCGUAUCGAUCUACUCACCAACAACAAAAAAAUUAAUCACAAUUGGAUUAAGUUUAUAACAGAAUUUGAUAACGCAGAUUUGAUUAGAAAGGUUUUUGUAUUCAUUGACAAGAAAAUACUUUGCGAGCCGGCAUUAAGGAAGAUGACAAAAUGUAAAGUUUUGGGUGAUUAUACUCUUUCUAAAUUAGUUGAACUUUACAAGAAUGAAGAUGUCAAAGAGGAUGUCCAUAAACUACUGACUAAAAUUACUACCGAUGAAGAGAACGGUUUACUUUUCCACGAUUAUAGAACAUGGUUCAAAAAUGUCCCUCUUGAUUGUCUUCCUUCAAACACCGCUUUCAACAACGCAGGUGUUAGUAUUUCCAUUGGUGAGAGCACUUUCAAAAUCAACAAUAAGAUAAUUUACAAUGUUCUCACUACUCUCCAUCCUUGGGCGGAUUCCAUGCAGCUUAAGUUGGCGGUAAAUAUUUUGUCAAAUGUUCCCGAACUUGUAGCUCCUUACACGACCCAUCUAUUCCAUACCAAUGGCGCACAUGAUCCGAAACUUACAUCUUUUUACAUCGGUCAAACAUUACUUCUUACCAAGAUUGUACAAUUAUCCAUACCUGAAGAUUUUACAAUGUUACUAAAAAAUUUGGUGAAUAACAUGGCCGAUGGUUCAUAUUCGUCCGUGAAAUCUGAAUCUUUCCUCUCAAAUAAAAUAUUGAUGGAAGUAAUUUGUCCCGCUUCUCUUAAUCGUUCCUCUUUGACGAAAGGUCUCAAUGCUACCAAUGAAAUAACAAAACACUUGACAGCUCAGCUUGUGAUUUCAAUCAUACAGAAGUUCUCUAAGGUUGACAAGCUACUACGUUUCAACGAAAACUCACUUUUCACUAGUUUCGGAAAUGAUCUACAAGACACACUCGCAAGUUUAAAAUUACCAGACCCAAGCGUGCUUGUAGGUGUCACCAAUGAAUGUUUGAAGGCAAACAAAAUAAACAAGCUAUUGUUAUUGAAUUACAUGAAAGCGGCUGACUGCUUUUCUAAGAAUUUGAACAUUGAUGUUCACCUUCAGCUUGGGUCCUUUAAUGGCCUUAUCGGUCUCAAUGAUGACACUACACAAAAUCCUCUUUUAGUCCAAGAAAAGUUGUCUGACGUCGACGUUUUACUUUUCAAUUCUUAUCUUGCUAUUACCACUCAGUCUUCUCAGUCAAGUCAACAAAACAAAUGGUGGAAUAUAUCACCUGGUUCGAAAAAUAGUUUAUUUACCACUAUUGCCAAACUUCCUUAUGACCUCCAAUACAGAGAGGAAGAUGACAAAGUAGCACAAGCAGACAACGCUUUAAUUGGGAAGUCAGUAGAGGUUUUAUCUAACUUCUUGGAUGAUUCUCUCGCUUUUGAAGAUUACAGAUCACCAGCUUCCGAUGUUCUCAGCUCACAAGCUUGGGCAAUAGUUUUAUCCCUUUUGAACUGCUUCAACUCAUUGACUGAGUCUAAGGCAGAGAUUAUUGAUUCUAUUUGUAAGACAUUAGAUGAAUCAAUAUCUCGUUCUAUAAAGACACCAUACAAGUAUUUUGAUGCUGUUACCGAUUAUGCAAAAAAAAGCGGUUUGAAAAAUACUAAGCUUUCUAGUUUUUUUGUUGCUCUCUGUGAACAGUCAAAGUUUGCUAAGCCUGAGCAUAUUCAAUAUGUAAACGAGUGGAUAAAGCUGCUCAGUGUCUACAUGUUUAUUUUGGGUGAAUCACUGCCAUUGAUGAAUUCUGUUACCAAGGAAUAUUGCGAGUUUGUGGUGAAGUUUGACAUUCAUACAUAUGAAUCUUACUUGAAAUCAAAAAACAAUUUGAGGGCUGUUGGGUUUUCAAACUUCUCUAAUAUUUGCUUUACUCCGUGGGAUAAAUUAAGAUCGAAGGCAAAUACAUUAAUUCCUAAAACUGACAUCGAAAUUGUUGCUAUACUAAAGAGAGUCGAGACGUUGAUUGCUUCUAAUUUGGAACUCAAAAGCGUGGAAGAGACAAUUCUUGACUUAAUUUCACUUUAUGGAAAUUAUAUGGUGCAAAAGUAUACCAAUUAUAUUGACAAUGGUACCAGUUUUAGCAAUGUGAAUUUACUGGAAAGGAAAUUUUGGAAAAUGCUUCUUCUUUCUACUGCAGAUUAUAACAGUCAAGUUGCUGAGUCUAAAUUUUCGAAAAAAUGUUUUAUCAUGGAUUUAUGCUGCGAAAUUUUCAAAACUUUAUGGAGCAAUAAUUCGUUAGAUUAUGAAUUCAAAAAGUCGUUGCAGAAACCUAUAUUUGAAUUGGCCAAUGAUGAGAACUUGCCAAGUUUUGCUGUUGAGCAUGUAGCUCAAUAUUUGUGGGUUUUGUCUGAUAAACAGAUAUUGAAACUCAUUGUUGAAAGCUCAUCUAAUGAUCUCGGUAAAUUAUUGGUUGAUGUUGCUAUCAAAAGGAACCUAAAGUUCGAAAGUGAAAAGGUUUUAAAUUAUUGUAAGAAGAAACACAAUUCAGGCGACAUCUCUCCAGAAUUCUCCAGAAAAUUUUCCAAAAUGUUGAGUGGUUCGGACUUUAGUACGGACCAAAUUACCGAGUUAGUUGAAUUGGCCAAGUCUACGCAAAAUCAAAGGUUUAUUUUUGAGAUUCUUCAAGCUGCAUCUGGCUCCGACGUUGAAAUAAAAAAGUUUAUUGGUGAGCAGUUGGAAAGUGAGUUUACUAGCAUUUCGAAUUCUAUUGAAGGUUUCAGAUUUUUACAAUUUAUUUCUGUUGACUAUUCUGCUUUCAAAUCAAGGUUAUAUGAUAUUUCCGAAAAUCACCUGAACUCUAUUCUCAACAACAGAAUUGAAGUGGACAAGGAUUUGAAAGUUUACUUAUAUUCCUUGACUUUACAGUGGAAUGAAAAUUCAGAGGAUCAUUUGAAUAUCGAGAAACAAAUUAGUGAAUUAAUAUUGUUGGAUUCCGUUAGAAACGUUGCAGAUUUGAUCUUUUCCCCCGAAAUGACAUCACUCAUCUUCUUGUUGUUUGGGAAAAAAGAAGCAGAUAUUCUCAAAGUUUGGCUAACUCGUGCCACCCUAUAUGUUACAAAAGUUUUGGCUGAAACGGCCGAGGGAGAUCUAGAUGAAGAGUUUGAAGACUUUUUGAAGUGCUUGCAAAAGUCAUUGAAUCUUCCUGUCUGGAAGUUUGUUUCCAAGAGUAUGCUUAACUCCCAGCUUGAAGUGAUCUUGAAUAAUUCUUGGAUCAACAAUCUCAACGUCUUGAAAUAUGCUACGUGGAUUGUUAUCUCUGGCUCUAAAAAUGUUAUUGAGUGUACCAAAUUGGUUAAUAUUCUACUUAAUAACCCAAAUAAUAGCUUGGGACUUGGUGGCGAGUCCGUCAAGGAAGUGAAUUUAGAAGAAACAAAAUUUUACACUUCACUUAUUCUUUCAUUUUUGUUCAAAAUGAAUAUUAAUCAGUUAUCGAGAUUCGAUUUGUUGUUCAAAAUUGCAAAGUUAUACAGAGGCACUACUCAGCCGUGUGACUUAGUAUUAAAAGACUUGCUUGUGUCUAUUGAGGAAGUUAGUGGAGAAAGCUGGAUACAACUUGUCUCUAACUGGGAUCUAGUUGACGAAUGGUUACCGGCAGACUCCAACGGUGAUAAUGCGGCUGCAGAUGCUAUAAUCACAAAAGCGCCAGAAAUGAUUAUCGAGACUCCAGGGUUACAGGAUUGUUUGACUGUUACUCUUCAUAAGUCUAUUGUCGAAGCCACCGUUAAAAACUUUGACCCUUCGACAAGAAGUAUUCGUUUACCUAAGUUGGAGAACACGAUUCAUACACAUGCACAAGAUUUUAAUAAGCUUGAAGAGUUCUACCUUUGUAAGAAGGUCGACACUGAGGAGAUAGAACAUCGGGUGAUGUAUGAUUGCGAGUUUAUUUUACUUUUGAUUGUCAACAACGAGGACUUGUUCAAAUUUUCAGGGGAUCAUGUGACAGUAAACAUCCGUCCUUUGAUUAGCACUUGGUUAUUGCAGUUGACGAUUUGUGGCUUGGCCCACGAGGUCAAAGAUGUGCAAGAGAUUUCCAAGCGUAUAAUAAGCUCUGUCAUUUUGACCGUUGAAGACGAUAUCAGGACCAUUGAGUCCAAGAGAGAGAAGAAAACAGACAAAAGUGAGAUUCCCCCUGAAAAUGCUGGUGCAGCUAUUUCCACAUUCAAGGAAAGAUCUGCAUUCAAAGUUUACCUUUGCAACUUACUCUACACUUUUGAAGAAAAAAAGCUGGCUAUCCAGGCAGGGGAAGAGAGGGAGCCAAUGCCAAAGCUUUUCAUUGUUUUCCUAUCUUACCUGGUCCCCAUCUUGGCCAAUCCGGCCCAUUUCUUGUAUGAGAAAGCAUACCGAUACAUUUUGGGUGGAUCCAAAUACAGAGAUUACGAGAUUCCAAUGUACAAGUCGAUCAUGGUAAACUUUACUAAAGAUGAGCACACUCAAAGCCACAAUGAUGAUGCAGACUAUUACAAACAGCUACAGUGGACUCUCCGUACUCUAAGCAAAUCAAUCACAAGUCCUGAAGAUCUGAAGAUCAUCCGAAGAAACGAUGUGAUUGAGCAAUUGUCAAAUCUCAUGAAUUCUCCUUAUGUUAAUAAUAGGAUUCAAGAGAGCGUUCUAGAAGUUUUCGAGAGAAUCAUUAGACUGCAGAACGGAGCCGACUUACUAAUCCGUUCUUUCGGAUUACUGAGUUUUGUGGAGAGUAGAAAAGUAGCUACGGGAAGAAGCAAGAAACUUUGGGACAAGUUUGCCAAAACCGCAAUGAAGGCGAUGGUUGGAAGCGACUGUAACGGCAAAGAUAAGAGAGCAAGGGAGUGGUGUGCCGACGAUUUUGGCAAUGUCGUCAAACGCGUAUGUAAGUAA